AUGGGGGAUGUAUAUAUCGUGUUUGACAGCAUCACCACUUGCGACGACACGAAUACCUAUAUUUCAAAAGACUCAACCGAAUUGAUAUACCUUGCAUGGUCUGUUAUUGAUGUUGCAUCAUUAGAGGUGUUGAGUUUUCAAUCGACUUUUAUAAAACCCCUGAAUACACCAAUCACGCAAUUCUGUACCAGGAAAUGUAACUUGACAUGGGAGCAUGUGAGAAACGCGGGGUCUUUUAAAGACGCGAUUGACACUUUGGAUACUUAUAUGAAACUGGAGAUAAUUGGGGAAAACAGAGAAUUUACAUUCAUAGUCCUCGACGACUUCAAGUUGAAAGUUCAAGUCUCUAGAGAAGCUCGUGAUAAAGGAGUUACACUACCACAGUAUUUGCAGUUUCCCCGAUAUUUCGAUCUACUGAAAGAGUACCUCAAAUGGCAAAAACACACUGGUGAAUAUAAACUUGGGGAUUCCAGUUUCAGUGCCAAUACCAACGCCAGUAUUAACGCAGGCUCAAAUACGAGUGCAAGUGCAAGUCCACUGUUAGAGGAGAUGAAAAAUGCGUUGCAAAUCGAUGACACGUCUUUGAAUGUACGUGAUGAGAAACUAAGCAGUAGUACCGAUAACAGCCAUGAAGAACUGUUUGAAUCAGUAAAGUUGAUCACUAAACUUGCAAUCGAGUUGUUAAAAAAAGUUUCAAAAAAGGAGCAAGAGAAGGAAGGAGGAAAAACACGGGAAGGCGAGGAGGAAAUUGAAGAGGAAGAGGAAGAGGAAGAGGAAGAGGAAGAGGAAGAGGAAGAAGAAGAGGAAGAAAGUCAACUGCAUGAUCAUCCGUUCACAAAACCUUAUGAUAUUGCCCAGGAUAUGAAAUCUUUUCUUGAAGAGCGGUCCGAAGUUCUAUAUCUAACUUCUUUGCCAAACGGAACUACGCAUCUGGAAUUAGAAUAUUGGUUUACCCAGUAUGGGGGGCGUCCUGUUGCAUUCUGGAAACUAGGCUAUUUAGAGAAUGCAAACACUAGUGGCUCAAUCAAUAGUAAUGACGGGUUUGCGGUAUUUGGUAGCCACGAGGAGACGAUGGAAGCAUUAAAAAUGAACGGGAAAGUAUUGAAUGAUGUAGCUAUUGAAGUGCAGCCGUCGUCUUCCAAAAUCCUUGAUGCAGCGGGAGAUUUGCUUGUACCGUUUCCAUCUUCGAAAAAUCGUCCUCGUCCCGGCGAUUGGACAUGUCCCUCAUGUGGGUUUUCAAAUUUUCAAAGAAGAACACAAUGUUUCAGGUGCUCCUUCCCAGCUUCGAGUGCUGUUGCCAUACAAGAGUCGAUGCAUACGAAAGCCGUGCCGGUGGCGUCUGGUAACCAAUCUGCAAGCAUAGAGAGCCGAAGAGAUCCCAACGUGGGAAGCUAUCAGGGUUUGCGCGAGCUGCAAUCCAAUAUGUACACCGAUCAAAUCGAGACCAAGUUGGCAGAGUCCAAAUCCAGCUCACCAGAACGCGACCCAGCACACAAGAGCACCAACAGGAAUGGUAGUACACCCUCGAUUGGUGUUACAAGUAAUAACAAGAGCUUUUCAACGAAUGCAAACACGCAAAAGCAUUACAACAAUAAUGUACCCUUUCGCGCAGGUGACUGGAAAUGCAACCUUUGUCAGUAUCACAACUUUGCGAAAAAUAUGACCUGCCUCAAGUGCGGUGGGGCAACCAAGCCAAUAGUUGAUUAUAAUAAUUUGCAAAGCACAAACUCAAUCCAUUCGGUCAACUCCACUGCAGCAGCAAUAGCAGCAGCAACUGCUAGUGGACAGCCUUUGAACUUGAACAAUAACUUGAUCCAUUUACAUCAACAGCAGCACAUCCAUCAAAAUUUACGAACUAGAGCUUUCCCACACCAGCAACACCAACAACACCAACAACACCAACAACACCAGCAACACCAACAACACCAACAAUUCAAUCACAGUUGUCAUUACAAUAAUCUAAACUCUCAAAGUUCAGUCCUUCCAAAUAAUGUUCCCGUUGGUGCACCAUUACUCAAAAACACCAUUAGACACGAUUCCAGCUACACAAAUACACCGGGGGCUUCGCAAGCAGAUUUAUCGAGAAUAUUGAUGCACCAGCAUUUACAAAAACACAACAGGGAAAACUCACCGGCUCUAAAUGAUUACUCAAGAAAUGCCGAUAGCUUGAAAAAUUAG